GAAGAAGACGAAACUAACGAAUAACAAUCCCUAACUACAAUGGGCCUAAUUUUGUUCCCAUUAAUUGGGCUUUCGUGUAUGAAUAAAAACAAUGGGCCAGCUGGCCCAGCCCAUUUAAAGCUCCUUCUCCAUUCCGACAAAAAUACUGCAAGGUUCAUUUCCCUUCCACUUCUCUCCCCCUCAACCUCUCUCUCUUUGGACAUGCUGUCGCUUGCUUCAACUUCAAUGCUGUUACUGCUUCUGCUGCCAUAGGAACAAAAUUUACGAAUGGCGUGCUGCUAUAAGUACCAGUAUUUGUUUCUUCACUCGUUUUCCUUAUGGAAAAAGCUUCCAUUCCAGCGCCAACGCGGUUUCAGAAGCGUCACCACUAGGAGUUACACUCGCACUUUUCAAACGCCGAAGCUGCUUCAUUCUUCUCGCACGCUAGUCUUGAAGGGCUAUUGUAGUGCAACUUCGGAUUCGCUUGGAGUUGUUACUGCAAAUUCACGAAGUACCGAAACGUUGGUUUCCGACGCUGAAAUUGGAACGGUUCAAGCUCUGCAGCUCGGUUCUGUUGGCAAUGCCGAACGUGUGGAAAACUCUGAUCCUUUAAAUGGCAGAGUGAUGCUCAUUGAUGGUACUUCGAUUAUUCAUAGGGCAUACUACAAGCUUUUAGCAAAGUUGCACCAUGGUCAUCUAACACAUGCCGAUGGAAAUGGAGAUUGGGUUUUAACAAUAUUUACAGCACUAUCACUUAUAAUUGAUGUUCUGGAAUUUAUCCCUUCCCAUGUGGUGGUAGUGUUUGACCAUGAUGGCCAGAAUUUUAGACACAAUCUAUACCCCGCAUACAAGAGCAACCGUCCUCCAACUCCAGAUACCAUUGUUCAGGGACUUCAAUAUUUAAAAGCAUCCAUCAAAGCUAUGUCCAUAAAAGUCAUUGAGGUUCCAGGUGUAGAGGCUGAUGAUGUGAUUGGAACAUUAGCCUUAAGGAGUGUUGAUGCUGGGUACAAGGUACGAGUUGUCUCACCAGACAAAGACUUUUUUCAGAUUUUAUCUCCUUCGUUACGUCUCCUUAGAAUUGCUCCACGUGGUGAUCAAAUGGUUUCAUUUGGAGUUGAGGAUUUUGCAAAUCGAUAUGGAGGUCUGAAACCAUUCCAGUUUGCAGAUCUGAUUGCUCUUUCUGGUGAUAGAUCUGAUAAUAUUCCAGGAGUUAAUGGAAUUGGAGAUGUUCAUGCUGUGCAAUUAAUCAGUAAAUUUGGCACAUUGGAGAGGUUGUUGAAAUCUGUUGAUCAAGUUAAAGAGGAUCGCAUUAGAAAGGCCUUGGUUGAAAAUGCUAAGCAGGCUCUCUUAAGCAAGGAACUGGCAUUGUUGCGGUCUGAUCUUCCAUUAUACAUGGUACCAUUUGCUGUAAGAGAUCUCUCAUUUAAUAAACCAGAGGACAAUGGCAGCAGAUUCAACAGCCUUUUAACAGCUAUCAGUGCUUAUGCAGAAGGGUUUUCAGCAGAUCCUAUCAUCAGGAGAGCAGUUCAUUUGUGGAGAAAGUUGGAUUCAAGAUGAAAUACAUUGUCUUCAGGUUUCCUUGUAUAGAGGGGAUUCUUUGAACAGAACAUGUCAAAACUGGAACAACGAUACACGAGGGGAUUUGUCAUUAUUUAAUUGUAUAUAGUAAUCAGAGUGAGUUAUUUUGGUGCGGAUAACAAUGCGUUCCAGUUAUUGUUCUGCGAUCUUCAUUGUUAACUUAUUCUUCGUAGUUUGACUGUAACAUUUUUGUUUAAGGUGAAAAGCAUAUAGAAUAGACAACACAAAAUAGUAUGAGGUAUUUGCUUAGAUGGUUGUAGAUUUUAGGAAACUUGUUUGAGGAAAUUGCUAAAUUAGAGUGUGAGACUAAAGCGCACUCAUACAAAUGCGUUCCAUGGUGGAACGCACCAGCUCAAAGAUUAUAUAGAAUGAGAAACAUGAUGAAGAGAGGCCUUUAUCCAUCGCCACUCUUACUGCUCCAAAUUAUAGCCAACUGAUAACCUCAUCAAUGUUCGAUUGCCUGCUAGAUAACGCGAUUUAGCAUCGCACAAUCUACAGUUGGUGUUUUGUAUCUUGUAAUUUGUGCUAAAUUGUACAUGAGUAAUUUGUAGCUCGUGCAUUGACGUUGCUUUCGCCCCCUUCAUUAUACUAGCCUUAUCCCCUGAUGGAAAAGAAGUUGAAUAUUCUCAUACAUCAACAAUCAAUUAAUGCUUUUACUUAUAAACAGUGAUUUCGGCUGUUUUCGAAAUGCACUUGAAUUUUUGGACAUUCUAACCAUAAAUUAAAAUUCUUGCAAACAAUCUUGGCCCUUAAAAAUUUAAGUUCGUGUUGUAAAAAAUUGUAAAUAUCUGAUUUUUAAUGGAAGCCGUUGGAUCCAACUGCACCGGGUGCAGUUUAUUUUGGAACUCUAAAAGAUCCACAAUCGGAAAAAGAGAUGUCUUUCAAAAAUAUAGGGAAUUCAAUCAACUGCAAUCUUGUUUACCUUCGUUUUAUCCUUAAUCAUCUCUUUUUUGGGCUGUCAUUUAAUCAUCUAAUAGAAUACUAAUGAUACUAUAACAAAAAUAAUUACGAGAGAAAUUACCUACUAAACCUAAAAUAAACUUACGUAGUAGGAAGGAAUGUAUUAGACUAUUUGUGAAAUGUUUAGAUUUCGUUGCUUAUUUAUUUGAAUAAAUAAGUUUAAAUUUAAAAUUAAACUUAAAUUAUUUAAUAUCAAGUUCAAAACUUAUCAUUUUCAAGAGUUUUAAUUUAAAUAAAUAAUUUUUUUUUUACAAAAAGUUCACCAUUUUCAUAUUAUAAGUUUUCAUUUCCAGAGCCCGUUUGCAUAGUUUUAUUAUUAUUUUAAAGAAACUGAAAAUUUUAACUUCUCACAAGAUUUACACAAUCACGCAACCUCUGCUUGAAUUGAUAGUUAUUACUAAUAUUAAAUUAACAACAAAUUUAUUUAAAACUUGUUAAACAUAAGUUAUAAUUAUCCGUAAGCUAAUAUGUCAAGUCCAAACUUUAAAAUUUUUAUAAUUUUUUACAAAUUAGAGAUUUCACAAAAAAAAAAAAAGAAGAUAAAUGAGUGAUAUGAAGACUGAAAGAAAUUAUUAUGAAAAUACUAUAUCUGAAAAAAAAAUGAUGUGGUUGAGGUAAUGGGCGAGUGAGAGAAACAGUGAGAAGGAACAACACCUCCAUAAAAGAGAGAAAGAGAGCUCCCCAAGAAUGGGAUUUGCUAGAUAGUUUAGAGAAUGCUCUCUCACACUGCCCUCCUUACUUGAUCUUUUCUUCUUUCGGUUGCACGUUGGAUUAUGCAAAAUUCUUAACUAAAACUAAUAUAGUUCACAUUUCAAUACAGAAUCAACAAGUUUACUUUUCUUUAAUAAUCCAUCUUAGCAUAAUGUUUUCAAAACUCAGGGCAAAGGACUACAAACUUGUUUCGUUAUGAAUAUCAAGCAAAAAAAGAAUAUUAACUUUCCUUGUAUUCAAAACAUAUCAUUAUCUUCACAUGGUCAGUUGUUCCUUGAUGUCCUUUGCGUCCAUUUGAUUACCUUCCAAA